GCUAUAAACGACAAUGUGGUUGUCAUUUGUGAAGUUCCUUCAAGCUUCACAACUAACAAGAGAUGGUUACGAAGAGCGCGAAGGAAUGAACGAACAAUGUCUUCACAAGAGCAAGCACUAGUCUCCCUUCUCUCCCAACUAGCCCUAUCCUUCGACGGCGCCGUUUUGGGUUUAGCCAUAGCCUACGCCGCCGUCCGCACCAUCGUCAAAUUCACCGCCACCUCCGCCGCCCUUCGCAAGAUCAACCACGCCCCUUCCCUCUCCGUCUCCGACCUCCGCUCGCUCCUCACCGACGACGACGAUGGCAAAAUCGUUAUUGUCCGCGGCACCGUUGACGCCAAGGCCGCCGUCGACGGCAGCUGGAAAACCUUCCGCCCCGGCGUCUUGGUUUCACGUGAGACCGGUGACAGAGGUGUCAUCCUUCAAAGAACUGAAACGUGUAUAUACAAUGAAUGGAAGGGCUUGUUUGGGUGGACUUCUGAUCUUCGAGCCAUUGUUACAAGAUCGUGGAGACAGCAAGAGUCUACAUCCUUAAGAAAGGUGCCUUUUGUUCUCAUUGAUGUUGGCCGGCAGCCAUAUCCCGAGUAUGUGGUUGUCAACUUGGAUGGCUCAAGACACCCAUUACCUCUGAUAACAGUUUAUCAUAAAUUGCAACCCAUAAGUCCGUCUCCUUAUUCAUUCUUACAGGCACUCUUUGGGCAUGAGUAUCCGGUUGGACUACUAGAUGAAGAGAAAAUUCUUCCCUUGGGGAAGGAUAUCAGUGCUGUAGGCCUUUGCAAUUUAAGAAAUGGAAUUGCUGAAAUUAAGUCAUGCAAAGAUCUACCAUAUUUUCUGUCUGACUUGGAUAAAGAUCAGAUGAUAGUAGAUCUUUCCUUCAAAACAAAAAUACUAUUUUGGAGUGGUAUUGUUCUUGGUUCAAUGUCAGUUGGGGUCCUUAGCUAUGCAGUUGUGAGGAACUGGAAUAAGUGGAAACAAUGGAAGCAGCAAAGGCAGCUCCAGCAACAAAGGCAAACUGUCAGUGUUAAUGUUGAUCCUCAUCUGGAUGACGAGACUGAAGAUGUUCCAGAUGGACAGUUAUGUGUUAUAUGCCUGAUGAGGAGAAGGCGUUCUGUUUUCAUUCCAUGUGGGCAUCUUGUAUGUUGCCAAGGGUGUGCCAUAUCAGUUGAAGGUGAAGUGUCACCCAAGUGUCCUGUUUGUCGUCAGGAGAUUCGGGAUUCGGUCCGGAUCUUUGAAUCUUAAAUAGAUAGAGGCUGAUUGUUCUGUUCACUGCAACAAGAGUCUCUCAUGCCUGCUGAUGAACAAAAUGAUGGUUUUGUUGUUGGUAGAUCUGGCGUUCAAGGGAAAACCUGCCCUGCUCUUAUUUUCAAUGAACAAAAAUUUAUCAGGUGUACAUAUAUUUGAAUAUGGCUUAAAUAGAUUGGUGGUAGUUAAUUGGCAGCUCUCCCGGGAAAGUCAUCUAUAGGGAGGGACUGCCAGAGUUUUCCGAACAGGGUCUACUACACCUGUCAAAGACAAAAACAAAAAAAACAAAAAAUUGGCAGCUCCUGUUCUCACUCUGUGCGGCUUUCCGGUGGAGGGGGGAUUUAGUUCCUCUAAAAUGGGUAGCUUGACAGAAAAUUGAGGCAUCUCAACCAUUAACGGCAGAAUCAAUGGUGUAAAAUUUAAUAAUCAUAAUUGGUUAUGUACACGCAUGUAAUAUCAACUGUUGAUUUUUUCAUUAUUGGUUGAGAUUCUUUAAUUUUCCCUUAAGAGCUUACUUUACAGGAAACAAAUCUUUUUUUGUACAACCUUGUAGGAUUUCGAGUUCUCAUAGUUGCAUUGUACAUAUUUAAUUUCAGCAGACACAUAUAGAAUGAAUCCUGAAAUGGUCUUGUGUAUGAAA